UAAAGGGACAUCCACCUGUACUUCCGUGUGGCUGCAGAAAGGGCGGCUCUCUCUCUCUCACUUGCUCAUGCCCAGCGGGGAGAGAAGGCAGCGGCUGGCAGCACCAUCCCCUGCCCAUGCAGGCCGGCCCGGGGAGCAAGGCCGGGCCCCUCCCGCCCCUGCCUUCCCAGCGAUGCUCCUGGGGAAGCUGUGGGGAACGUGUAGCCUUGGACGCUGUGCUCUCUUCUUCGGCCUGGCCCUCCUGCUCGACGUUGUGGGCCUGGGCCUUCUGCUUGUGGGCAUCUUCGCCUCCCUUGACUUCUGGGACUUCUUGAUCUACACGGGGUCCCUGAUCCUGGCUUUCAGCCUGCUCUUCUGGAUCGCCUGGUACACCCUCAACAUUGAGGUGCCUCUUGAGAAACUGGACUUGUAGUCUGGCCGUGGGCAGAGGAGGAGGACAUGAGCUUCCUGGCAGGUGGAGGAGAGCAGAGGUAUGCUGCCCAGCCAAGGACCAGGUGCCAUCUGAUGGAGAAGCAGCAAACAGAUGCCCUGUCUCUGCAGCACCACCUGUAACAGAACCCACAGAAGCCAGAGGCUUUCAAAACACCCAUCAGGAUGUCCAGGGAUGGCUAUGAGGGCCAGGCUCCAUCAAGACACCCGAACCCCUGACCCUGGCCACUGGCUGACUGCCACUGGUGUCCCAACUGUCUGUGAGGGUCUGGAGAGCCCCUAACAUUGGCACAGUGGGGUUUUAUGGCAAUAACUCCACUGUGAGCUUGGGCAGUCAAUGAGAAGCCCCGUCUUCCAAGGCUCCUCUCAUUAAUGUCCCUUUAAAAAAAAAAAAAAAAUAUAUAUAUAUAUAUAGGAACCAAGUAUAGAAGUCCAAACGAGAUUUCUGCGAGCACGCAUCGUGUGGAAUUGCUGCUCCCUCGGCUCUUCAGAUAGACUGCUGUUAGAUGGUCUACCUCACUCAUCUUUCCAUGUCAUCCAGUCAGCACAUGGGUGUAUAUUUCAGCUUGCCGACUGACAAGGCAGAUGCAGAGCCAGUGCUGAGGGCAGGGGCCCACUUCCUCGGCUCUGGACACCAGGAACCACCAAUACUGCCCCCGACUUGCUCAGCUGGACCGUGGUGGGGGGGCUCACGUCAAGCUUUCGGUCAAAUGAAACCCUCUGGGGUUUUUCUGACAAGCAAGCUGGGCUCCGCUGCACUGUCCUUGAGUCACUCAUUUCUUGAUCCUAAGAGCAGUAUUCUAUUUUUAUCUUGAUUCAACUGCAUCUAAUUCAGUGCAACCCAACUAGAGCACCUGAUUCGGGGCGGUGGGCGGGGGGGUGUCAAUCUUCACAACCUCAUCAUCACUAAUUUAUAUUUUCCAUGGUAUAAUUUUGUACUUUUUAUUUAUUUCUCACCCUAACCAUGUAUGUGUUUCUUGGAAGCUGCCUCGGAUCUUUUAUGGUGUGAGGUAGUUACCUAAAUAAAAGAGUCA